AUGGUGUCCGUUGAUGACAUGCCAGAUCUAUUUGCGUCUUUCGAUAAAUUGAUCCCGCGACCAGCUCGCCCAAGCGAUGACCCACCAUUGUACCUCCGCUUGCGCAUGGGCAAACCAGCGGGACGCCCUUUGCCGCGAUCAACACCGCUUAUGUCCUACGGGCGGAAACGUAUGAAGCCGGAAUACUGGUUUGGAGUGCCCAGAAAUAGGGUGGACGACUUAUUCAAAUUCCUAACACAUUGGGUCCCAGACCGAUACGGCCCUCUUGGGGACGUGUCCGCUAAAGGCUAUGAGCUCAUAGACAGCGACACCGAGUGGGAUGAUGACGAAACCAAACCAGGACAAAAGGAACGAACUGGAAGUAGUGGCGAUGUUUCUGAUCUUACAAGGGAAUCAUGGGAGCUGCUCAAGGCGCCCUACGUGAAAAUAUAUUCGAUUAUGAAGAGCCAAGCCGAAGCGCUGGGCGACUCACUCGGAGAAGAACCUCAGCCAGAGGUACUGUCGAUGAGCGAUGAGUUACGCCGGGCAUUGUAUUCGUCGAGCGCCUCUGUUGACAUGGAGUUUUCGCCACCAGAUCUCAUUGGUACAUCGGAGAUCUUCACCAUGGAACACAGAGAGAAGCUAUGCAGCGUCUUACCGGCGCGUGCACAGGGAUACAUGUGGUCACUGGCAUUUAGUACCAGCCAGCAUGGGUUUUCACUUGCCUCCAUGUACCGUAAAAUGCAGAGAGUUGACAGCCCCGUGUUACUUGUCAUUCAGGACACCGAUAAUAAUGUAUUCGGAGCGUUGACAUCAUGCGCGUUGCGUCCGUCAGAGCAUUUCUACGGAACUGGGGAGUCUCUGCUGUUCUCUUUCCAACGAAUCGAUGAGCCACGCACUUCCGACAAGGGAGAUGACAUCAAGGACAUAGAUGCUGAUGUUAAAGAGAAGAAAGAUGAGGGGAAAGAAGAAAAGGAAGAAUCACCCGCACCAUUCAAAACUAAAUUCAAAUACUGGGGUUGGACCGGAGACAAUAUGUACUUUAUACGUGGGAGCAACGAUAACAUAUCUAUUGGCGCUGGAGACGGCAAGUUCGGCUUGUGGCUGGACGGAGACCUGUACUUGGGCCGCACUCAGUGCUGUACGACUUACGGUAACGAGCCACUCAGCACACGCGAGGACUUCAUCGUCAAAAUCAUGGAGUGUUGGACCUUCAUCUGA